GACAACCCAUAAGGCGGCACUGGGUUGAAGCAAUUUCCAUUUAAUCUCUUGAGCAAGGACACCUAUACGGCCCACCAUGGUAGCAGCGACGAGCCUAGAAAACAUAUAAGGCUAGAGGCACGCGCUAACUACUGUGCCAUAGCGUCUGGCUUAACCGGCGUGCUAAACUAAGUGAUAUAUAUGUUCGAAAUUAAAAAUUAUUGUUAUUGAAAUAAUUAGUAGAAUGUGCCGUUGAAACUAGAAAAAUGUCGAUGGGAAGUUACAUCUACGCAAUUAUUCUGUUUUUCUGCACCUACACAAAUGCACAAGAACGUGCAUACUACAAAGGAAGUUAUUUUAUAUUCUCAUCACAAAUUACAAAUCACACUGGUGCAAAAUCAGCAUGUGUUGGAUUGGGUGGUCACCUUGCAAUUAUACCAGAUGCAGAAACUCAAGCUUUUAUUCAAACUAAAGGAGCUGCUUACAAAAGUGCAGGAAAAUGGAUGACAAGCAAUAAUGACGCUUACAUUGAUGCAGUGAAGACAUCAGAUGGAACUGGUUGGGAAUGGAGCACAACACAUGACAAGUUUUAUUUUAAAACAACUAACCGUGGAUAUUCUGGAAGUGACAUAUACCAAGGGAAGUAUAACAAGUGGCAACCAAAUCAUCCACGGUCUACUGAACAAUAUGCAAUAAUGGGGUCAGAUCUUGGACCUCUUUAUUCAUGGAAUUGGGUAUCUUCUCCAGCCACAAGUCUGGCCCAUUAUAUUUGUCAAGUUCCAGCUGUAUUCGAAUACUACAAAGGAAGUUAUUUCGUAUUUUCAUCACAAACCGCAAAUCAUGCUGGUGCAAAAUCAGCAUGUGUUGGAUUGGGUGGUCACCUUGCAAUUAUACCAGAUGCAGAAACUCAAGCUUUUAUUAAAGCUAAAGGAGAAGCUUCUAAAAGUGCAGGAAAAUGGAUGACAAGCAAUAAUGAUGCUUACAUUGAUGCAGUGAAGACAUCAGAUGGAACUGGUUGGGAAUGGAGCACAACACAUGACAAGUUUUAUUUUAAUACAACUCAGCGUCUAAGUGGAUCUAAAAUACAAAAUGGGAAGUACAACAACUGGCACUUAUAUCAGCCGGACAAAGGAAAUUAUGCAACUGUUGCAACUAAUCUUGGUGAACAUCACCUAUUCAGCUGGAAAUCUGUCACAGCUUUAACUGUAGCUCACUAUAUUUGUCAAAUUACAGCCACAUUAGAAUACUACAAAGGAAGUUAUUUCACGUUUUCUCCAUUUACUGCAAAUUAUGCUGGUGCAAAAUCAGCAUGUGUUGGAUUGGGUGGUCACCUUGCAAUUAUACCAGAUGCAGAAACUCAAACCUUCAUUCAAACUAAAGGAGCUGCUUACAAGAGUGCAAGAAAAUGGAUGACAAGCAAUAUUUAUGCUUCCAUUGAUGCAGUAAAGACCUUGGAUGGAACUGGUUGGGAAUGGAGCACAACACAUGACAAGUUUUAUUCGAGAACAAAUGCACGUGGAAGUGGUGCAUUUAAUGUUAGUGGUAAAUACAAUUACUGGCAUGCUCAGCAACCGAUAGGUGGAAGCUCAUAUAAUUAUGGAAUGAUAAGCUCAUAUAAUGAUACGUACACAUGGCAUUGGAGAUCAACCGUUGUCUCAGAUACAAUUCACUAUAUUUGUCAAUUUAAAGUAAAAAGCAUGUCACUGGUUGCAUCCAAAUCCACUUUAAAUGUAAAGUACGGAGAAGAUUUUGUUUUUUGUUCAUCAAAUGCCAAUCCUGGACCUCCUGUUUCAUGGAAAAUAAACUCACAAGAUGUUUCAACAAACACAAGUGAACGAGUUUAUCAAAUAAUUACACAACCUACACUGGAUGGGAAUUCUACAUCACGUUUGUAUUUAACUCGUGGUUUACAUCAGAAUUCUGGUGUUUAUACUUGCAAUGCUACUUCCCUUGACCAAUCUGCAGUAACUACUGUCACAAUUGAAAAGCGACCAAGAUUAUUGGGAAGUAAAUUAGAGACAUCAACAUACACUUUUAAAUUUAUUGGUGAAACUUCACCCACUGUUCAUUGGAAUGCAAAUGGUGUCACAGUUGAACAAGGAAUCCCAUUCAUAAACAACACAGUGUUGAAUACACAUGAAGUAUCAAGCCAAAUUACAAACUUGUUAAUAUUUGGAAGUACAGAUGUUGUUUCAUGUGGGGCAAAUACUUUAGAUGGUUCUUCAAACAUAAUAUCAAAGACUGGAUUUUCAGAUUCUCCAAGCUCAGCAGUCACUUCUUCACCUGGUGGUUGCCCUGGUAACCAACUACAAGUUAAUUGGACAGAUAUGACCAAAACCAGUGGUAACAUUGUAUACAAUGUAAGCAUUACCAAUUCAAGUCAAACUUAUAUGAAAACUCUCACUCAAACAUCAACAAGUGACAACAACUAUUCAAUCACUUUUGAUAAUUUGACACCAAGAACAGAAUAUACCAUCAAGGUAAAUUUGUUUCCAAAGUAUUCCAAGAAAAUUAACCAAAUAGUUGGAAGAACAACUGGUGUAAAACCAAGUAUUUUGUCAGCAAGUGCAAAUUUGGAUUCUAGUAAAACUUUUUGUAUAAUAUCAUGGAAUAAAGGACCAGAAACUGGAAUAACUGGAUCAAGAAUUGUUGUAACAAGUAGCUUGCACAAAAAAGCACCCGGUGUGCCAGACAUUGUAACUAAUGUAACACAUAUACCACCAAGUGGUAUUUCUCCGUACCAAUUUGAAACAAAACCAAAUCGUAAACAUGUUAUCACAAUGGCUGCUAAGACUUGUUCUGAAGUUGGUUCAUAUAUUGUAGCAACAGGACAUUGUAUAUCACAAGUACAAGCCCCUGCCAGUAUACCAAACCCCACAACAGUUGGAAGUUCUGCAAGUACCUUACAUAUACAAGUAAACAAAGCCGAUGAAACUAGUGGACCAAUUAGUUGUUAUCUUGUCAUUGGUGGUAAAGAAGGAAGCAACGUUUAUAGAGAUUCCUAUACAUGGAUGGAAAUAGAAAACAUAAUCACCAACUCUAAGUCUUCUACAUAUUGUGCUGCGGUUUUACCAAGGUUUAUCGAAACAAGCAGACAAGUUAGCUUAUCAUCCAAUACAACAACACAAUGUAAAGUGAAUACAUCUUAUGCUAUAAGCUGCUCCAACAAAUUGUUGACCAAUGGAGUCACAUACAAAUUUCAGGUUGUCACUUUAACUUCAGCUGAUGGAGUUUACUUGACGCAAACUAGUCAACCGAUUGUUACAACCCCGCUUAUAAAUAAGCCAACAAGUUCUAAUACACUCAUAAUAGCAGUUGUGGUGGUUGCAGUGUGCAUGUUGAUAGCCGUGGCAGGAACUGUUUAUUUCUACAUGAAACGAAAGAAUGUUUCUCGGAAACAAGGUAGAUCUCAAAAGGUUCAUUUUGUUCAGAAUGAAGGGGCUGUACAACAAGAUACUACAAAUUGUGAAGGUAAACUAUAUAAAUCAUAAUUAAGCAAGCAUAUGAAUGAAUGUAACUU